AUGACGAGGACGACCCCGGCGACGACGGCAAGCAUCACCACACGUGCCUCAAAGUCUGAGAGCCAGUCGCGUGCCCGCGAGAAAAGACACGGUUGUUGGAUGUGUGAAAAGUCAUUUGAUAGACCAUCUACCCUCAGAAAGCACCUUCUCGUUCAUACAGGUGUAAAAGCAUUUGUCUGCGAGACAUGUGGCCGUCGCUUUGGCGUGGCAUCUAAUCUCAAUCGUCACAUCAAACGAUGCGUGCUUAAACCCGUCAAUCUUGCUAACAGAGCCAGUCAGUCCAACGUCGUUGACCGCCACCCGUCAUCCAACGGCGGAUCUUCCGUCGAGUCGCCUUCCACUUCCGCGGGUGGCACAAAUGUCCCAGAAUCGUCGACCUCCCCUGCCCCUUUGCAACAAUCUAUCAAGCGCGCCCGCGUCCUCGAGCCCGAGGCUCCCGAGGCAUCCGAGGCAUCUACUCACUCCUCUACGCCCUCUUCGUCUGCCGCAGGCACUGCCCCCCAAAAACCCCCCACCAAACGUCGUCGUCGAGCGCCUUCUCCGUCCCUAUGGGUCCCUCAGUCCCUUGCCCGAUACAACAUCCUUCCAAUCGAUUAUCCACCGACCUCCGUUCCCCUACCUCCUGUGAGCCCUGCCAGAGACCCACUAUCCAACGACUGGAUCGAGGAGCGCAACUCAUGGGACGAAGACGUUGCUGCUGCGCCAUAUCAUCCUUGCGGGUGGAAAGGUGUGCUUCCCGGUCCCAGAUUUGCGAGUGGAGUCAAGGAUAGCAGCGAUGGUGGGCUCGUCAACAACGGUGCCUAUGUCAUGGGGAGGCUCGUGAUGGUCUGA